AUGACAGAAGGAAACAGCAGCUCCGAGUUCAGUGAGUUCAUAUUUGUAGAUUUAACAAGCAAUCCUACACUUCAGAUCACCCUCUUUUUGGUGUUCCUUGCUGUUUAUAUGAGCACUUUGGUGGCAAAUCUGGGAAUGAUUGCCUUAAUAAAGGUCAGUCCCCGCCUUCACACCCCAAUGUACUUCUUUCUUAGCAACCUCUCCUUCCUGGAUGUAUGCUUCUCCUCUGUGGUUGCCACUAAGAUGUUAGUGAACAUUUUAGCAGAUAAGAAAACCAUUUCCCUCAAUGGAUGUGCGAUACAGAUGUACUUUGUAAUAGGCCUUGGAAGUACAGAGUGCUUUCUCCUGAGUGCAAUGGCAUAUGACCGCUAUGUAGCUAUCUGUAAGCCACUGUUGUACCCUGUCCUCAUGUGUUCUAAAGUUUGCAUUCUUUUGGUGAUUGGGUCAUAUAUUCUUGGGCUUUUCCAUUCUCUCAUUCAUACAGUUUUUACCUUCAGAUUGUCAUUCUGUGGAUCUAAUGAAAUCAAUCAUGUAUAUUGUGAUAUCACUGCACUUUUAUCACUCUCCUGUUCUGAUACCCACAUCAAUGAACUCCUGAUCUUUUAUGAGGCUGGUCUUGUGGAAGCAACCACCAUUUUGAGUGUCUUCAUUUCUUAUGUCUAUAUUCUCAUCAGUAUUGGGAGGAUCAGCUCAGCUUCAGGCAGGCUGAAAGCAUUCUCAACUUGUACUGCCCACCUGACUUCUGUCACUGUCUUUCAUGGGGCAAUUCUCAUUUUGCAUUUCCGGCCAAAGUCUAGUGGUGGAUCCUCCAUCCAAGAUGCGAGUGACAAAGUUCUUGCCAUUUUCUACACAAUUGUAAUUCCUCUGCUGAACCCCUUGAUUUACAGCUUGAGAAACACGGAGGUGAAGGAUGCCUUGGGAGCUGUUUAUAGUAAGGUUUGUGACAAAAUGAUGAACAAGAACUAA